AUGGAGCUCCUCCUUCCUCUUCACUUGCUGUGUUGCUAUUUUAGCUUACACGAUUCGUUCUUCAGCUGCACAAUUUUGUCUUCUGGAAAAGGAUUAUUUUCUUCUCUUGCUAGCGAUCGUUUACUUUUGCCUUCUUAUGACGAUAUCGGCGAUUGUAAUCGAUCAAGCUCACUUCCUUUUUCGAUCAAGUGGUUUUUAGGGGGUCAUAAUUUGUCAUUUUGUAAAUGUCGCGGGAUCGACUGCAGCUGCUGGUCGUCUUCCUCCGCCACUGAAGCGACAGAUUGGCUAUCUCGAAUCAGCCAAACUAUCUUCAUUCUUCUUUAUUCUUGUAAACAUUUGUCUUGCAGCGCGUUUCAACUGGGUUUAGGGCUUCGAGACGAUUGCUUCGAUGGUGUUUCAUACGAAGCAGGAAUUAAAAAACCAAAAACCUUGAAGUGUCGGAAGGUGGUUAGGGUUGGGGGUGAUGAAUUGAUGUCGUUUGAUUAUCGUUUUGACUACGCAGAUAUUAGGGUAUGGAUAGGCUGGAAUGUUGAGAAGGUAUUUUGGUUGAUCGAGUGGAGAAAAAGCCUUCCUCAGGUUUCUCUAUUUAGGGAUAGUUGGGAUAGGCUCUUCACUCUACAUGGAGCCCUAAUUUGUGCAUCAACGGACAACACAUUAAAGGUUUGGGACCUGAGUAAACCAGCCAAAUUUGGUUGUUCAUCAACCACAGCCAACGGUUGCAUGUUAACCCUUAAAGCUAUAUGACCAUGAUGAUAUGUUUUAUUUUGUUGAAGUGAAAGGAUGAGUUAGUGGCAAGUAAGGGUAUUCUAUCAUUUCAAUAUUUUAUUAUUUUUCUUGAAUUUUACAAUACUAAAUUAAAGUAACCUUCUGGUAAUUGGAUUCAAGGGGAGUAUGGCAG